AUCCUAGGGUUUCCUCCCUCACUUGUCACUCCUCCCCGCCUCCAUUCCUCUCCUCCCAGGCGCUGCCCAGGUAAGGCAGCGGCGGCGGCGAUGACGACGCGCUUCAAGAAGAACCGCAAGAAGCGCGGUCACGUGUCCGCGGGGCACGGCCGCAUCGGCAAGCACCGGAAGCACCCAGGAGGUCGCGGUAACGCCGGAGGCAUGCACCACCACCGCAUCCUCUUCGACAAGUACCACCCGGGAUACUUCGGCAAGGUCGGCAUGCGCUACUUCCACAAGCUCCGCAACAAGUUCUACUGCCCGGCCAUCAACGUCGAGCAGCUGUGGUCGAUGGUGCCCGCCGACAAGGCCGCGGAGGCCGCAGCCGGCGCCGACAAGGCCCCGCAGGUGGACGUGACGCAGUUCGGCUACUUCAAGGUGCUCGGGAAGGGUAUGCUGCCGUCGAAGCCCAUCGUCGUCAAGGCCAAGCUCAUCUCCAAGGUCGCCGAGAAGAAGAUCAAGGCCGCUGGCGGCGCCGUCGUGCUCACCGCUUAGGUUUCCGUCUCUUGGUUUUGAGAUCUAAAUCUGAACUGGUAGCGCUUUCUCGUCUCAGCUAUUUGUGUUAAGGAACUUGGUAGUUUCGAAUUUGUUGUGGCUCCUACCUGGUGAGUGCCUUACGAGGAUUUUUGCACCUAGUGAUGCCGGUUCAUACCAAAUAUUUCAGAUAUAUCAAUGCUAUCUUUCGCUGCCAAUGGUGUUAUUUUGAUCUGUUUUAUUGAUUCAUGAUGCAUGAUCUGGGAUCUAUGACAGCUUGUAAUUCAUAACCGUGCUUUUAUUUCAAGAUUGUCAUGGUGUUACAAACAA